AUGUUAUUGAUAGUGCCACCGUCAAGGGAGUUUGUUUUGCAUGUCAACACUCAAAUAUCCGCCACCCAGCGUCUCAUGUACAUGUUUCCCUGCCGUUUUCUUUUCUUACUUCGUGUCUGUAUGAGAUCAGUACAUUCUGGAUCAAUGACCGAACCACAGUAUGGACUGGCAAAAACAGCUAGGAUCGAAAAGACGAUGUGUAUGAAUCCUUCCACGUUGCCUGAAAUCCCCGUGUAUGAACCUACUGUUGAAGAAUUCCAAAACUUCACGGAUUGUGUCUCAAAAAUUGAGGAACUUGGUGCCCAUCACAUAGGUCUCUGCAAAGUCAUUCCUCCUCCUGGCUGGUCUGCCCGUGUCGGGGGUUAUACGGAUAUUGACUCAAUGGUUGUCGAAAAGCCUGUUUCACAGACCACGUUCGGUGGUCGGGGUGUUUACUUUCAAAAUAUCACAGCAACCCGUAACUUAACAUUUAAAGAGUUCAGUGAACUGGCAAAUUCAAGUGCGCACUGUACGCCAAGCCACAGGGACUGGAGUCAUUUGGAAAAAAAGUAUUGGUCUUCCGUAGGUAUCGGACGUCCUCUGUACGGCGCCAAUGUCAGUGGGACUCUAAUGAGAGGUCAAAGCGUGUGGAAUCUGGCUGCGCUCGAUUCCAUGUUAAGUCACGUACUGAACUCUCAAAACGUAGUCAUCCCCGGAGUAAAUACUCCCUAUUUGUACUACGGAAUGUGGAGGUCAACAUUUCCUUGGCAUGUUGAAGAUGUCGACCUGUAUUCGGUCAAUUAUGUACAUAUCGGUCACCCCAAGUUUUGGUACGUGAUCCCUCCUCCUUACGCGCGUAAAUUCGAGGCAUUCGUAUUUGAGUACUUUCGUUCUGAUUUCCUCAAUUGUCCCUCAUUCCUCCGUCAUAAAUGUGUGCUUAUUAGCCCAUCAGUCUUAGCUGAAGCUGGGAUACCGACAAGAAAAAUGGUUCAAAAAAGCGGAGAAUUCAUGAUCACAUUCCCCUACGCCUAUCACGCUGGGUUCAAUUUGGGAUUGAAUGUUGCCGAAGCCGUAAACUUUGCCUUACCAAGGUGGCUUGAGUUUGGAAAGAAGGCGACGCUCUGUACAUGCUGGGACGACACCGUACGCAUCAGUAUGGAUCCAUUUAUUCGACACUAUCAGCCCGAACAGUAUGCUUCGUGGUUAAAGGAUCCAGAUUCAGUGCCACAUCCCUUGGACGAGUACGAUUUUUCCAAACCGAAGCUGUCUGCGCAGACGAAAACGCCCAAAUCAGUUGUUCCAUCUGAGGUGGACAGCAUUUGUGCGAAUAAUCCCAAGACCACAUUCAGGCGACAAAGAAAAUUUGCUGUGGGUGAGCUGAUGCUUAUCGACUUGAGAUAUUCAAGACGAGGUUUUUUGAAAUGUCGACUGCCUUUCCAUAUUGCACAAAACCCGGCUCUUUCAGCGCUCUGGUGUGGCGAAUCUGCUGACUUGAAGGUUGAACGCUACUUCAAUUCUUUGAUCGGAAGUUACCACCCUUAUUGUGCUGUCUGCUCGUUACUCUGGUCACCGCAAUUCUUCGCAAAACUGCUGUCAUCGCCCCUUCCGAAAUCCGUCCGGUUGACCAACGGCUCGCCCUUCAUACCAGAAGUGGCUUACUUUUCGUCUGAUUCAGGAGAGAUACCGCUUCCUUUGCCCUCUGAACGUGACUGUCCAAUUCUACAGUGCUCCAAUUGCGCACUGACGGUGCAUGCACGGUGUUACGGUGCUAGUGACGACUAUCGAGUUUCGCCUGGCGACUCACCGUCUGCGAAGAUGGAUCGAAAAUCUCCACCUCAUUCACAGUCCAAACGUGACAAAGCUUGGAUUUGCGAUGCUUGUUCCGCUGAUACGAGGCCGUCGUGUAUUCUGUGCUACAUGAGAGGCGGUGCAAUUAAGCGACUUGCCAAUCCUGUCAAUAAACACACGGGGCGCCCGUAUUGGGCUCAUAUUGUUUGUUCUUUGGCGAACCCAGAAUGUCGGUUCGUCAGUAUCGUCGAACGUUUGGCCGCCGUUUCCGCGCAGGCAGUUUCACGUGCUUCGAUGAUUGCAGAGAAGAAGCCUGUGGAUGACGUCGCUUCUACAGGAAAAUUUCCCAGCGCUUCUCAGGCACCAGCUACUUCCGACGCCCGUAACUCGUUACCAGCCUAUUCGUCGUCGACCGCUCCAGUGCGUGCUAAUGUUUGUGGUUUGACGUCCAGACCGCGAAGACAACCAUUGACGCGGGAUAUGUAUUAUGAUCAUGAUGAAGACAUGCACCACUCCACUACCGACUUCGAAAAAUCGCACUCUGAAGGAACAAAGCGCUCUUUUCGUGUAAGCCCCACAAGACCUCGAGCUCGAUUUCGCGGACGACGUCCACUUUCCUCCAGACGUACGCAAUCGUGUUCGGCUUCGAAAAGCACUCCUGGUGAGACAGCCGAAAUUUGUUGCGUUUGUCUCUUACCUUCUCGUGGUUUCCUACGAAUGGCCUCUUGUUGGUGUCGCACAUGUUCCGCUCGCUAUCAUGUCACAUGUGCACAAAUGGCGGGCGUCAUGAUUGGCACGGAUCUGUACCCGAAUACGUUCUACCUGGCCUGCGAUUCCCAUCCGAGUUCAAACCCUUUUAUACAUGACCUCUCGGAUAACGACCUCGUCAUGCCUGGCGACUCGAUAGUAGUUCGACAACCUUCAACACCACCGAGCUUUGUUCCCGCUGUCGCUGAGCGUCUUGUUACUCCUCGGUAUUGCCGAAUCGCCUUCCCCGACGGAACAUUCUCUACCGAUACUCCUCCCGAAUAUCUGGUCGAUAUUGACUGGCGAACCAAUGGAUUUCCUUCAAAGGGAACCACUGUUAAGGUGCUGUGGGAUGACAAUGUUGAAUAUUCUGGCACCUUUCAAGGCACAACUUCAGAACAAUGGGAGGUUCGAAUGGACGAUGGGAAGUUGACAACCUUGUCUCGUGAACAGUUUUAUCUCCGACCCGCAGUCCAGCUUCAAGUGCCCGCCUCACAAAUUGAUGGAGUUAAACCGUCAACAACCUCUGGCUCAAUGCUUGCUACCUUGUUGAACAUUCAGAUGGAUGAGAAUUGAGUAUUUGUAAAGUGUAACAAUUUAUUGUAACUUUUUUUGUUUCUGCGCAAACAUUUCCUUUACUUUUCAUAUCAACUGUGUAAAUGCCUUCG